UUCCCCCCCCUGUCGUGUACGUUCCUGCGCUGAGAAUGUCGGCGGUGCUGUGUCUCUACUCCUAGCUCGUCUUCUCAUAUCACGAUUUUGAGGACCUGCCGAAGUCUACUAAGCAGUCAGCGACGCCAUGGCGCUGAGUUCGGGGGGCUGGGCUCAGGCUUGUCCGGCUGCGUCCGUGCCGGGGGUGGAGAAGGCGCCGCAGUCCGCCUGCAGCACCGUGCUGAUGUCGGUGCGAGUCUCCGUGGCUCACUCGGGACUGCGGCCGCUCUGCUUCCCCGGAGCCGGCGACGACAGCCUUCGCCUCCAGCUCAGCAUGGAUCCCAACCGGGUCGGGGAGUUUCGCUUGACCCUGAGGGCCGUCACCAGCGGCCGCAUUGUGUCUCUAGCGGAGUUCGACCUGCGCAACGUGAGGUACGAGAUCCGCUCGUCUCGCUGCCACGAGCUGUGUGUCGUCAAGCCCCCGCACGACACAUUUCGCUUCACCUUUCGCAGCGAGCAGGAGGCGCAGGAGUGGGCCACCGUCAUGAUGUCAUCGCUCAGGGAAGCCCACAGAGUGGCUGGUAUUAGCCCUCAUCCUCCCACCGAUGCAUUACCCAGUCCGAAGCCCACAGAGCAAAACGUAGCCUUGUCUUUAUCAGCCAAAGAGGAGCUGUGUGCAGAGCUGGCUAGAGCCAUACAGGCUGGAGAUACCCACGCUGCAGUGCAGCACGCCACAGCACUCGCUCACCACCAGAUGGCGCUGACGAUUCAGCCAGCUCUAAAGAACACUGAAGAUGGGGAGAUCAGCUUAGCGGUUGCAGUCGAAGAUGCCACUUCAUCUUGUUGUGUCACAGUAAAAGUUGUUCCCCUUAUGACUGUGGCUUCACUAAAGCAGCAGAUGUUUGGGGAGUAUGGCUUCCACCCACGGGUGCAGCGCUGGGUCAUAGGUCAGUGCUUGUGCUCGGACCAGCGCUCACUGACAUCGUACGGCGUGUGCCGGGACGGUGACACGGCCUUCCUAUACCUGCUUUCAGCACGCCACGCCCACCUUAGCAGGCAGCAGUGUCAGCAGGACCAGGAGAGCGCUCUGCUCGCGCCGGCGCCCAAACCCGGGCCCACACCGGUGGCUUCCGCCGGUGGCCCGGCUGGUCACGACCGGAGGGGCUACAGCACCCUACCACCCAGACUGCACCACUGCAGCACAGGGAGCAGUGGGAGUGGAGCAGAGAAACACAACAUUAGCGAUAUCAUAAGCUUGGAGAUGCUUCAGCUUGGCGGCCCCAGCGUGACACCAAGUACCACGCAGCUUGGAUGGUCGUGCCCUUCCUGUACUUUCAUCAACAAAUCCACGCGGCCAGGCUGUGAAAUCUGCAGCACCGAGAGGCCCAACCCACCAGAGCUGGGUACGUCUCAGCAGGCCACUCUUCUGUCAUAGGACUCCCCAGCAUCACACCGUGAGCCGAGCACACCGUACGUAUAUCCGAACUGUUUCAAGAGAAAAGGAAGCCAGCAUGAACAAAGGAAACGAGCAUACGACAAAGCCCACACGAGAGUGCGUCCGUGCGCUCACACCCGCCCGGCCGAGAGGCUGGAGUCGACGUGCUGAGCAAACAGACGAGGAACGGCCGAGGGGUGCGCUCUUGAAUACGGCGAUCCGUGUUCUCUCAUCCAAACCAGCAUUCCUCGGAGACCGCUAUGGCUACGUGGUAAAACCUCGAAGGAAUCCACAGCAGUUAAAACAGAGGAAAGAUGACGUUGAUUUGCUCUUAGAACAGAAACCGUGUGCAGGUGAUUAGUGACCUCGGAAUGCAAAGUGUCCACGAGGGAUUAUUUUUAGCAACAUUCACUUCAAACCAAAAACAGCAACCGAAAGGAGCAUAUUUCCAUUUGUACACAUAAUUCUCAGUUUGCAAAGAUUUCUCACAUGUAGACCAGGGCAAAAUACUUUUAGGUUAUUUGUGUCUUUAUAUUUUGUGAACUUAUUCGUUCAUUAAUUUUAUUGAAUGAGUUGCACUAAUUAAGAUUGCUGUAGGGUUUUUCAGUGUCUGGAAGUGCUGUUUUUAAGAAAAGCUUAAAUCAAACAGGCCAGUUCUAAAUAUGUAAAUUUAUGAUUUACCGUGGUGUAGAAUUCUUGAAAAGCUACUUUUGAAAUGGCUGCUGGUGUGCUGAUGCACAUCUCGGUUCCUUUCAGCUGUUACAACAAGUUCAAUAUUCAGUUUAGAUGCGACACAAAAAUCCUACUAAAAUCUUGAUUAGUGUAACCAAAGCAGUGUCUAUAAUUUUUGUGUCUCACCGUACUGGUUUUUCAAACUACCAUAAGGGUUCAAAAAACAGAUGCUUAAAAAGGUAUCAGAAUGACACGCAUGUCAGAUACUUCGGGUCUUAGCCUGCCCGCAUGCCACAGUGGUGGUGCUGUUGCUGUAAAGAGACGACUGCACUCCAGUUAAAGAGGCAGGUUUUGUAGCAGGUUGAUGAAGACGCUCUUCAGCAGUGCACGAGGACCUAGUCUCAAGUUACAGUGGUUCGUUUUUAGGGCAGACGGCACAUCACAUGAGCUAAUGAUAUUAAAUUACAUCCAGUGUAACUUUUAUGGACAAAGUUGUUCUGUACCUGGAGACAUGUAACAGUCACACUGACGAAGCCUUAUAAUAGCUAACUUUUUGUCAGACACGGUAUGAAAUUUUAUUUUUAUGUUUAAUAGGAAGUAUAUAUGCUAUAAAUAUGAAGGAUCUGGAAGAACACCUUGGUUGAAUUUGAUGUUUUCCCACAGAUGAAAAUAACAGACAUGAAGGUGUUGAUAAAUGCAACAGUACCUAUACAUUUUCAAGUUAAAAAUAAAAGAGAUGUCAUCACAAAAAGUUAAUGUCCAUGAGUGAUGGCCAGUCGUGGACAGACAGGGCUAUUCUAACUGGUCCAUAUGCAUUUAAUGUGUGUUACUUUGUGUGUAUUUUUGUUUAGUACUUACCUUUGGAGCAAGUGCACUGUUCAGGUUCCUGUUUUAUUGCCAUCAUUUUACAAUUUCUCCCAAUAAUCACCAGCUGCAGCGUAGCUAUGAAAUGAGAGCGCAGUGGUUUUCACAAGGCUGGACUCCAAGCAACCAGGGUAAACUUUAGGGUGAACUGUUCCUAUCCCUCAUCCUUCCGUUUGUCCUAUUAGGUGGGAUUCAGAGGGUGUCACUGUGCAGACUGAUGGUGAAAAUUCUGCCGUUGACAUAGACUAGCGGGAAAUGUCCAAUGUCCAUAAUCAGUUCACGAGUGGUUCUGUGCAAAUCUGAGGAGUGGAGGGUGCGGCAGAGGACGACUACAGCUAGUGACCUGUUGUGUACGUAGCGUUUUCACUGACUACAACAGCAUCUUUCUGGAGAAACUGAACAGUAGGCAGCUGUAGGUUUGUAAUGCAAACAGGGAAACAUCCGAUAGCCACAGGCAAAUCUUACACUUUAAAUUGAGACACAGCAAUAUUUGCUGAAACAGCCAAUUUUCACCAGAUUUUUUGUUGUACAUCAUUCUUAGUUAUUAUAUAAGGGAUCAUUAAAUGUAUGAUUCAUAAAAAUGUUUAAUAAUUAAAUGUCAAGGUGAUCAACUCCUC